AUGACUAGCACUGGGGUUUGGUCAACGAAGCAGGAGAGCAGCACCAAAUUCUGGACCCAUGGCAAUGACCUAAGUCUACACCGGCAUAGUGUCAAGACCCCAGGAAGAUUAACCACUGCAUCUCGGUGGCCAAUUGGGAUCUUGAUAAACAAAAUCAUUACUGAGGUUCUUCAUGCAACAAUGAGGUUCCCUCAUGCAGCAACACAUAGUGCUUCAGAGGCAUUCUGGAGGAGGUCCUUUCCUCUAGUCUAUGAUGGUGAUGGUCUGGAUAUUGAAGGAUGUGAGCUGAAGCUAAAUGAAGAUUUCGGACGCAGUGAUUCGCUCCAUCGGCCAAACCAAGAUGAUACUACAGAACAAGUACCAACCAGAGAACUGUGGACAAGUUUCCCCCAGGACUAUGUCAGCCUUCUCCAUCAGCUGUACUGUAGCCUGGGCCAGUGCUGUGACUCCGGAGACUGUAGGGUCACUAAUAAUGUUACAGGCUUGUCUAAAGACCUUCAAACCAAGCUUCAUGGACAACAUCUGGCCCAGGCUGUGGUUCUUAAAGCCAUCCAAGGAUUUACAAAUAAUCCAGACUCUAAUAAACCUCUGACUCUGUCGUUCCACGGCUGGUCUGGUACUGGCAAGAACUUUGUGGCUAGAAUGAUUGCAGAUAACCUGUAUCGGGACGGGGUGAAGAGUGAGUGCGUCCGACUGUUCAUCGCCCCAUUCCACUUCCCUCAUGCCAGACUUGUGGACACGUACAAGAGCCAACUACGUGAGGCGAUUAGGGACAUGGUUCUACGCUGCCCUCAGACUCUGUUUAUAUUUGAUGAAGCAGAGAAACUCCAUCCCGGGUUGAUUGAUGCUAUAAAGCCCUUCAUGGAUCAUUACGACAAUGUGGAUGGCGUGAGCUACCGCAGAGCAAUUUUCCUUUUUCUUAGUAAUAUAGGUGGUGCAGCAAUAAAUGAUGUUGCGCUGGACUUUUGGCAUUCUGGACAAAAUCGAGAGGACAUUGGAAUGGAAGACCUGGAGCACCGGCUACGAGCUGAAACAAUAGAAUCUGAUGGUGGCUUUGCCCAGAGCGAGCUAAUGUCCGGACAUUUAAUUGAUUUCUAUGUGCCAUUCCUUCCUUUGGAGUAUCGUCACAUCAAGCUCUGUGCCAGGGACGCCUAUACAGCUCGAGGCCUGGAAGCGGAUGAGGACACCCUGGAUGAACUGAGAGCCAAUCAGAAGGAGACAUCUGUUCCGCGGCGACAGGAGCGCAAGAGUGCCUCAGCAUCUCUGCUGUAG